AUGAGUGACGACGUUAUAAAACAUUCGGUACACACUUUAGUGUUUAGAUCCUUAAAACGAUCUCAUGACAUGUUUCUCUCAAACCAAGGAAUGCUUCCACCAAUUGAUGAUAAAGCUGAAAAUAUUUUGAAAGUUAUCAAGAGUAGAGAUAGUUAUGGGCUUGUAAUGUCUGCGGUACAGAAGGCACAGGCUAUGAAAGAAAGGGAAGCAAUGAGUCGACCAGAAACCCCACAUGAUACAGAAAUAGCAGAAUCAGCAGCCCUAGCAUCAGAUGGAGCAAUGUUGCCAUACACAGGACCUGCCGCCCCAACAAGCACAGCUAUUACUCCAUUGCCCCGUAAAGCACCAGUAAUGCCAAAACCGAAAUGGCAUGCUCCAUGGAAACUUUGCAGAGUUAUUUCAGGACACUUAGGGUGGGUUAGAUGUGUUGCUGUUGAACCAGGAAAUGAAUGGUUUGCUACAGGAGCCGCAGACAGAGUGAUAAAGAUUUGGGAUUUAGCAAGUGGAAAAUUGAAGGUAUCACUGACUGGACAUGUCAGUACUGUUAGAGGUCUUGAAGUGUCAGCGAGGCACCCAUAUCUUUUCAGCUGUGGAGAGGACAGACAAGUUAAAUGUUGGGAUCUGGAAUAUAAUAAGGUAAUACGUCACUACCACGGCCAUCUAUCGGCCGUGUACACAUUAGCGCUCCAUCCGACUAUCGACGUACUGCUAUCAGCUGGUCGGGAUGGCACAGCCCGUGUUUGGGACAUGCGGACGAAGGCCAAUGUACACACACUUACUGGACACACGGAUACUGUAGCCUCGCUUGUGUGUCAAGCUUCUGAACCACAGAUCAUUACUGGCUCCCAUGACUCGACAAUUCGCCUCUGGGACUUAGCAGCUGGAAAAUCCCUCUGCACACUUACAAAUCAUAAAAAAUCUGUCCGUUCUAUAGUCAUACACCCUACAUUGAACACGUUUGCAUCAGCUUCACCAGAUAAUAUAAAACAAUGGAAAUGCCCAGAAGGAAAGUUUAUUCAAAACCUGUCCGGGCAUAAUGCCAUCGUUAAUUGUAUGGCAGUCAACCCUGAAGGCGUCUUAGUGAGUGGAGGCGAUAACGGGACCAUGUAUUUGUGGGAUUGGAGAACCGGCUAUAACUUCCAACGAUUGCAAGCUGCUGUACAACCAGGGUCAAUGGAUUCUGAAGCAGGAAUAUUUGCAAUGACCUUUGAUCACUCAGGCUCCCGUCUCAUCACAACAGAAGCUGAUAAAACUAUCAAAAUCUACAAAGAAGACGACACGGCCUCUGAAGAAACGCAUCCUAUUAAUUGGCGGCCGGAGAUUUUGAAACGACGAAAGUUUUAA